CGGGCACUCGUAGGGAGCAUCUGCGCGCGUGGCCAUGGCGAAGGAAGCGGGAGGCGCCCACCGGCCCGGGGCCCUGAAGCAGCAGAACAAGCCGCAUAAGGCCGGGAGGCACGGCGGGAACAGCAAGCGGAGGCAGGGCGGCCGGAUCUCUGUCAAGACCCUCAGCCAACAGAAGCACCGCAACUUGGCCAAGUUGGACCGCAAACACCGAGCCUUGCAGCUCCGCAGGCAGCACAAGGACGUGGUGCUGGAAGAGAAGAGGAACUUGGGGCGCAAGGAUGGGCCGCCGCACCUGGUGGCGAUCGUGCCGCUGCACGCUAAUGUCGUUGUACAGAGCGCCUUGAGCCUGUUUCAGAGUGCCGAGGCCUCCACCGUGUGCCAAACUGAGAUGGGCCCACCGGGUUUUGCCUUGCUCUGCCCCCGGUCCAAACUGCAGUGGCGUUUUGUCGUGGCUGAUACGGGGAACCUCCACACCGCGUUGGACCUUGCCAAGGUUGCGGACACCCUCCUGUUUGUGCUGGAUCCUGUUGAAGGCUGGGAUGCUGCGGGCGAUGACUGCCUCUCCUGCAUCUUUGCACAGGGGCUCCCCAGCUAUGGCCUCGCUGUUCAUGGUCUCGCUGACCAGCCGCUGAAGAAGCACAUUGACUGCCGGAAAAGGCUGAGCAAAACCGUUGCAAAGCGGUUUCCCGAGGCCAAGCUUUUCCCCCUCCACACAGCGCAGGAGUCUGCACUGUUGCUGCACCACCUCGCCAGCCAGAAGCGGCGGCACCUGGCGUUCCGGGACCGGCGGGCCCACCUGCUGGCUGAUGCUGCCGAAUUUGUGCCUAGUUCAGGCGGUGCCUUAGUGGGGACCCUGAAGGUGUCUGGCUACGUAAGGGGCCGGAGGCUGGACGUGAACAGCUUGGUGCAUAUUGUGGGACACGGGGACUUCCAGAUCAGUCAGGUGGAUGCCCCCCGAGAGCCCUUUGCACUGAAACCCAGAGUCGCAAAAGGGCAGCCGCGGCGCAUGGAGGAACAGGAUGCCCUGGUCAGCAGAGUGGAUGAGAUGGAGGCAGGCGCGAGGGUGCUAAGCAAAGCUGAUCCCAGCAAGCAGCAGUCCUUGCAGUCAGAAGUGGUCCCUGAUCCCAUGGAUGGAGAGCAGACCUGGCCCACCGAAGAGGAGCUGAGGGAAGCAGAAGAAUCCCUCGAGCAAAGCAGAAAGAUGUCCAAGAGGGUCCCCAAAGGCACCUCUGCCUACCAGGCUGCCUGGAUCCUGCACGAGGAAGAUUUGGAAACUGGCAGCGAGGAGGAGGAUGAAGAGGAGAAUUUUUUGGACGAGGCCGUCUCCCAGGAUGGGAGCAGCAGCGAGGAGGAACUGGCCACAGAGGGGGAGGAGGACGAGUGCGAGACCAUGGCACUGCUGGAAGCGGAGCAGGACGAUGAGAAGAUGGAGGAAGAGGAGGCGAUGCUGGAGAAGUACAGGCAGGAGCGCCAGGAGGAGAUGUUUCCGGAUGAGGUUGACACCCCCCGGGAUGUGCCAGCCCGGAUUCGGUUCCAGAAGUACAGAGGCCUGAAAAGCUUUCGGACAUCUCCGUGGGACCCCAAAGAAAACCUGCCCAGGGACUAUGCCCGGAUCUUCCAGUUCCAGGACUUUUCCCGGACAAGGAAACACAUCUUCCGGCAGCUGGAGCGAGAGGAGAGCGAUGGAGCCGAGGUCGGAUGGUACGUUACUCUUCACGUUUGCAGCGUCCCCAUCUCUGUCAUAGAGAGUUUCCAGCAGCAGCGGAUGCCUCUGGUGCUCUUCACGUUGCUUCCCUACGAACAGAAGAUGUCUGUGCUGAACCUUCUGGUGAGACGCCACCCGGGGAGCAGCGAGCCCAUCCGGUCCAAGGAGGAGGUGGUCGUCCAUUGUGGAUUCCGCCGCUUCCGGGCCUCCCCACUCUACUCUCAGCACAGUUCAGCGGACAAGCACAAGCUGGAGCAGUUCUUGCAUGCUGACACCGCCGUGGUGGCCACCAUCUACGCCCCCAUCACUUUCCCGCCUGCUUCCGUGUUGCUGUUCAAGCAGAAGAGCAACGGAGCUCACAGCCUCGUGGCCACAGGCUCCUUACUCAGCGUAAACCCUAAUAGGCUGGUCAUCAAGCGAGUGGUGCUGAGCGGCCACCCUUUCAAGAUCCUCAGCAAGCAGGCUGUCGUGCGCUACAUGUUCUUCAACAGAGAGGAUGUGCUGUGGUUCAGACCAGUGGAGCUGCGGAGCAAGUGGGGCCGGCGAGGGCACAUAAAGGAGCCUCUGGGGACCCACGGCCACAUGAAAUGCCAGUUUGACGGGCAGCUGAAGUCCCAGGACACGGUGCUGAUGACCCUCUACAAGCGGGUCUUUCCCAAGUGGACGUACGACCCCCACGUGCCAGAACCACGUGGGACGAGCGAAAGCAGCCUGCUUGGCCAGGAGGAGGAAGACAUGGACUAGCAGCCGCCCAGCGCUGCCUACAGCAUUGCCUAUGGCCCCGUUCCUUUGUAUCUAUUUAUUGCAGAGAGAAAUAUUCUUUCCAGGAAA